UUUACCUCCAUUGCCAAGACCACCACUGUCAUCAUUAUCUCAAAAUAAUACAACACUUUUAUCGAAUAUAACGAAUAUACAACUGAUUCAACGACGCAGAAUUCAUGCCAAAUCUAUGCCUAUCAUCUAUAAUAAUAAUUCAACUACCGCAAACAACACACAGAACAGUAUGGAAAAAAAUGAUGAAAUCAAUUUGAUUCAACGACAUCAAUCAUGUCCUACAUCAUUAUUAUUACCAUUAUUGUCAACAGUAAAUCAAACAAAAGGAAAUGAUGUACAAUCUUCAACGAGUCCAAUCAAAAUUGAUCAUCAGCAUCAAAUUAAUGCCCAAGAUAACCGAUCAAUAAAAAUGACUAACGAGAAUAUUAAACCAAUAGAUUUAUUGUCAAAAGAGAAUGAGAUGAUUUUAAUGACAGAAAGUAAUAAUGAGUGCAUCAA